AGAAGUGAACCCGCCGGAGUCUCGCGAGACCGGCCGCCGCCAAGAUGGGUGACUACUGGGACAUCCCUGAGGGCACCGACUGCGGCCGGAAAACUUGGCUCACGACGCGGCUCGGGGCCAUUCUCGGUCUGGUGGGCUCUGCUUACCGCCUCACCCUGUUCCCGUCCGAAACGGCCCUGGGGGCUUUUCAGAGGGCGACCACCGGAACCGUCACCAUGGCCACCUUGGGGGCCGUAUUCGGGGUCACCACUUGCCUCAGCGCCCAGCUCCGGGACGACCCAGAGGACCCCAAAAACUAUUUCAUCGGAGGCUGCGCCUCGGGCGCCGUCUGGGGAGCCAGAGCCCACAGCUUCGCCACCGGCACUGCGGCCUGCGUGGGCCUGGGCUCGGCCGCCUUCCUCGCCAAAAUCGGCAAGAAGGAGGGCUGGCGCUGGCUGGGGCCUCCCGAACUCUGAACCCGGAGCCGCCCUCUCCGUCCUCCCAGUGCGGCGCACGAUCGCCACCCACCACGUCCCGGGGCCUGGACUGCGGGGCAGACAAGGACUUGAGCGGGAAAUCCCCAAAAUCCCGGCGCCGUGGGCCGGCCGUCCCGUGGGAAUCUUGCCCUGCAAAUAAAAGCGUUGGCCGUUCGCAGUCCCUGCAAAAUU